AUGCGUAAAUAUUUUUAUAAAAAAACUGAAGUUUUAUAAUAAAAAUCGUUGAAAUAAUAUUUCUUGAGUCUAAAUUUAAGUUAUUAACAACGUUAACAUAUGUUUUUUUUUAAAUUUACUAAAAUUUAUACGAUUUUUAUUAUUAACUAAUGGUAUAAUUACUAUUAAAUUUCAAUAUAUUCUGUCGUUCUGCUUACAAAAUAAUAAAAUGUUUAAUGAAAUUAAAAUGGUUAUGACAAAAUAUUGAACAAUUUUUUGCUUUUUAAUUAAAGUGAUUUCAUAUUUGGUUCGUAUAAAAAAACCAUAAUGACUGCUGAUGCCCUCAGAGUUUUAAGGAAGCGAUCAUUAGAAGACUAUGAUGAUGAUUAUAAACCAUUAUCAAAGCGUAUGCAUAGCAUGUAUCUUCUAGAUUCACCUGGAUCUGGAGACAGUGCUCUAGCUGAUAAUAUAUGUGGGGAUGGCUCAUCUUCAUCGUCACUGUAUAAUAGUGAAGCUUCUAAUGUAUCUAAUUAUAAUAAUUUAGAACUUCAGAAUAAUGACAGAAAUAAAAAUCAAGAACAAUUACAGUAUGAUCCAGAUCUUACAUCUGAUCAAAAUCCAUUUUAUUAUGAGAGUAAUAAACUUUUGUUUGAUUUAUAUGUUGAAAGAAUACAUCGACAUGGACAAAAUUAAUAAUUAAAAAAGCUUUCACUUAAUAUAUAUAAUGUCAAGUAAAAAAAUACAAUUAAAUGUUUUUGUUUUUUAGAUUUAAGUUAUAAUUCUAAUUAGUAUUUUUUAGAUAUAUAUUAAAUAUUUUCCAAAUUUUAAGUUAUUAGGG